AUUUUUUUUAUUUUUUUUCAUUUUUUAUUUUUUAUUAUUUAUAUUGUAAUCCUGGCUGAUCUACUAGUACUGACAUCUCCUUGUUCUCUUUCUUGAACGUUGCUUGUUAUUUGGUCGCUAACCCCUAGUUUGCAUUGCAGUCUUCUGUUUCUCUAUCUGUCAUUUGUCCAGAACAGCUUCUGAAACUGAGAGCAAUCUACAGUGCAGACUGCAAUCGCUUGGUGUGAAUAACAACUCAGCAGCUAAUAUGCCAUUGUCACAGCAAACAACGAGGGCUUUGCAAUCCGCACAAUCCAAAUAUGUCAAAGUCUGGGAAGGAAAUUGGUCUGGGCAACGUCAAGGGCAACCUGUCUUUAUCACCAGAUUGGAAGGUUAUAGGAAUGCUUCAGCUUCUGAAUCGCUUGCAGCAAACUGGCCACCAACAAUGCAAAUAGUUCGGCUCAUUUCUCAGGACCACAUGAAUAACAAGCAGUAUGUUGGGAAGGCAGAUUUUCUAGUAUUUCGGGCAAUGGAUCAGCAUGGAUUUCUUGGCCAACUGCAAGAAAAGAAGCUUUGUGCAGUCAUCCAGUUGCCAUCACAGACAUUGCUGCUUUCUGUUUCGGACAACGCUUGCCGCUUGAUAGGGAUGCUUUUUCCUGGGGAUAUGGUAGUGUUUUAAGCCUCAAAUACCCAGUCAGCAGCAGCAACAGCAACAAAUGCAACAACAGCAUCACCAGCAGAUGUUGUAGCUGACGAGAGAUAGGGUUUAACUUAAAUUAAAGGUUUUUUCCUUGUGAAUGUCAUGUUCGGCAACAACGUUUGGCAUUUUGUGUGGAUGAUUUAAUUAAUUAUGACAUUCGGUAAUAUAACAUUUAUUAUAACGUUUAAAAUUUGAGGCAGUGUUUACGAAAUAUUAUCCUCCUAACGUAUAGUGUUUUAUAAAUUUUGUAUGAUGAUGUUUAUGCAGAUUACUUGUCUUUA